CCACCUAUAAUCUGUGAUACCACAGCGCGUAUGUUUACAUAGCAUAGUGAUUAGCACCACAAGUAGGCAUUAUUGCGUCCUUGUAGUCAGAAAGCUGAAUUAAGAAAUAACCAAUCAUUUUGACUAUCAUAACAGUCAAUGCAAGAGAUCAUAGUCCUAUUGGUAGCACUUGUACUGCUCUAUGAUAUUGCAGGGGCCAGUCCUUAUGCUGCAGCAGAUGAUGAUGAUGAGUGUCAGGAUUAUCACUUCAGCUACAGCAUGCAGUGGGACUGGAAGAACAAGUGUCCAGAUUGUGGACACAACCUCCAGUCUCCAAUAAAUAUUGAUACUUAUCGUGCUAUUACUAACAUACCAUCAAUGAGACCUCUUGUAAUGACAGGAUGGUGCUCUCCAAGAAGUGGUAGUUGGAGCAAUAAUGGUCAUACCUUGACAUUCACACCAAACUGGGAUCAGCCUCCUGCUUACUUAGAUUCCCCCAAUCACUACAGGUUCAAGUUUCUUAAAUUUCAGUUUCACUGGGGGCUAAAGGACAGCGGAAAAGGAUCGGAACACACCAUCAACAGUCAAGCGUAUGAUGGUGAGAUGCAGUUUCUAUUCAAAGGUGAAGAUGCUUAUGGUGUUAUGAAGCACACAGCCCUAGCUGUGUUACUUAAAUCUGAUCAUACUUCACAAGCAAUGUUUGAGAAGUGGCAGAAAUUGAGCAAUGAUGUUGUCUACAAUAGCAAGGUAAGCAUAUACAACAUUGUCCUAGAUGACUAUCUUCCGGAGAGUAAAGAUUAUUACGUUUAUGCUGGCUCUCUCACUAGUCCUCCUUGCACUGAGAAUGUUCAGUGGAUUGUACUGAAGCAUCUGAUGAAUGUACCUGAGGCUUUCUUAGAUAAAAUGAGGAGUCAUAAGAAGGAUGAUGGUGGGUUUUUGAAAACUAAUUAUCGUGCAACUCAACCACUGAAUGCAAGGAAACUGUGGAGCUGCUAUGGAGGAUGCUAUAAAAAACAUUGAAAACUAUUUAAAUAAUAAAUAAUAUUUUAAUAUACUCCUCAAAAAUUUAUAGAAUCUGCUUUUGCUUUAGUUAAACAGUUAGCAAUAAGAAUG